AUGAUCCAGUCCCUAGUGACUUUGUUCAUUACGAACCCAUUGCUCUAUGUCUUUACUACAUUUUAUGUCAUUGCACAAAACUUUGUCGCCUGGAUCUUCGGUCCAUCGCACAACCCCGCAAAAUCUUUCAGCAAAGACCUUCCCAAACGAAAAAUCGCUAUUAUCGGCGCCGGCUUGACGGGUAUCUCGUCCGCUGCCCAUUGCAUUGGUCAUGGAUUCGAGGUGCAAAUCUUUGAGGCGCGCGGCAAGGAGAAGGGACUCGGAGGUAUCUGGAGUCGCGUCAACUCUACAUCAGCCUUGCAGAUAAACAGCAUCAUGUAUCGAUUCCACCCAACUGUCCAGUAUAAACACGCAUACCCGACCCAACAGGAGAUUCGCGAUCAGAUCGUCGACCUGUGGAAGCGAUAUGGUUUGGAGGAGCGCACUGAGUUCGGGACACCGGUUACAUCCAUUAAAAAGGCUAAGUCAUCUGGAAAAUGGGUUAUCAAUGAUCACCCGGAGAAAUACGGGAGCUUUGAUGGUGUCAUCACCGCCGUUGGUGUUUGCGGUGAUCCUAAAUUACCCCCAUUGCCCGAUCAGGAUCAAUUCAAGGGUACUAUCUGCCACUCUUCCGACCUCGACGGCAAGGAUAUCAAAGGAAAGCGAGCACUGAUCGUCGGAGGUGGUGCAAGCGCCAUUGAAGCAUUGGAAUUCGCAGUCCACUCCGGUGCCUCCGAGAUUGAUGUGCUUUCACGAUCUGAUAAAUGGAUUAUUCCACGCAAUAUUCUCGUGCAGUCUUUGCUGGCUUGUAACAUCUGGGGAGAAGAGACAUCCCUUGCCUGGAUUCCCGAGUGGCUUCUCCGCAAAUUCUUCUAUCGUGAUUUGGCAGACAUUGCACCGGACAGCGGUCUAUUCACCACAACCCCGAUGGCAAACUCCGAUCUCUUCAAGCUUAUUCGCGAGGGCAAAGCCCGCUGGCUACGUGGCGAUAUUGUUUCGGUGAAGGAGGACGGUAUUCUCUUCAACCACCGAUCCAAGAGCACGCCUAAAGGUGGAGCCGGUCGCGAGAAGGUUGUUCCUGGCGACAUCAUCAUCAUGGCCACCGGGUUCAAACGACCCUCACUUGAAUUCCUGCCUAACGAGGUCUUCGAGGACAACUACUCUCCCCCGGACUGGUAUCUGCAAGUCUUCCCACCUAAGCAUCUCAGUAUCUGUGCCAACAACAGCACCUACGUCAACGCCAUCGGGACAGUCGGAAACAUUCAUAUCGGAGUCUACACGCGGUUCUUGCUUAUGUUCCUGACUGAUCCGCUUACGCAACCUUCCGAGGAUAGAAUGAAAACCUGGAUCAACUUCACCCGUUGGAUGAAGCAAGGCGCGCCACCUGGGGCCUUCGAUUUCUUCACGUACACCGAGCUGCUUUACUGGUUCGUGUUCCUUGUGCUGGUCAAUCCCUUCCGUUGGAAGUGGGCCAUCUUCAUUUUGUUCGGUAUUGGCCAAACACUUCCGCUAGAGAUUGUUAGACACGAAGAGGCCUUCCGCGAGAAGUUGCAGGGUCAACGUUCUUAA